CCCAGCCAAGAAGUGGCGGCUCUGUUAACCGGGCUGAACGUUGCUCCUUGGCCAAACCGGACCUCCACGUACCGACCGCGGCCUGGCAGCAAAGUCCCGGACACGGUGGAUUGGAGGGAGAAAGGAUGUGUCACGGAGGUGAAGAACCAGGGCGCUUGUGGGUCGUGCUGGGCGUUCAGCGCCGUGGGAGCCCUCGAAGGCCAGGUGAAGCUGAAGACGGGGAAGCUGGUGUCCCUGAGCGCCCAGAACCUCGUUGUCACCAGGAGCUACGGGAACGAAGGCUGCGGUGGCGGAUGGAAAACCAAAGCUUUCCAGUACAUCAUCGACAACCAAGGGAUUGACUCGGAUGCCUCCUACCCCUACACGGCGCAGGACGGCGUGUGCCGCUACAACCCGGCCACGCGAGCGGCCACGUGUUCCAGGUACGUUUUGCUGCCGCACGGCGAUGAAGCCGCACUGAGGGAUGCCGUCGCCAACGUGGGGCCCAUGUCCAUCAGCAUCGAUGCCAGUCAGCCCACCUUCUUCUUGUACAAGGCUGGUAUCUACCGUGACCCGAGCUGCUCCCAGGUGGUGAAUCACGCCGCGCUCGUCAUCGGCUACGGCUCUUCGGAUGGGGAGGACUACUGGCUCGUGAAAAACAGCUGGGGGGCACAUUUUGGUGACCAGGGCUACAUCCGGAUGGCGAGGAACCGUGGAAACCACUGCGGGAUUGCCAGCUACGGUGCUUACCCCCAGAUCUAG